GAACCCACGACCUCCGGUAUAGCAGUCAGGGUCGCUAACCACUAGAACAACAGGCAGAAGAUACCGCCGUUUAAUUAAAACUUAUUUUUCUUCCACCAAACUGUAAUGUAGGGUAUAUCUAGAUAAUGUUGUGUGCGUGAUUUGUAUUGUGAGUGAAGCCAGUUUGAAUAUACGCAGUGUGCCGCUAAGACGUUGUUUACAUUUAUACCCCCCCGCUAUAGUUCAGUGGCGACGAGGAUUAAACCGACAUUUUAAAGCGUACAUGUUUAGUGUUUAAUAUACAAUGAAGAUAGGUAAAAUAGCGGAAUUCGAUGUCAAUAAGGACGAUUGGCGGUUAUACAUCGAACGUUUGGAACAGUAUUACCUAGUGAACGAGGUGAAAAGUGAGCUAUAUGUGCCAACAUUAAUAACACUCAUGGGGGCGGAAAGUUAUGAACUUUUAGUUAACCUAUGUACGCCAGAUAAGCCAAAAACUAAAACGUUUUCGCAAAUCGUGGAGAUAAUGGAGAAACAUCUACAGCCCAAGCCCAGUGAGCUCGCUGAGAGAUAUAAAUUUAGAAAAAGGAUUCAGCAAAGCGGUGAAACUAUUGCAGAAUAUAUAGCUAUAUUGAAAAAAAUGUCCAAAUCGUGCGAAUUUGGCAGUUGGCUGCAAGAAAGUCUACGGGAUCAGUUGGUGUGCGGAAUUUGCAGUGAGACGAUUCGCCAACGGUUAUUCGCCGAACCCAAAUUAGAUUUCGCAAAGGCAUAUAGUUUGGCAAUUAGCUUGGAAUCAGCAGAAAAAGAUGCGGCGAGCGUAGUUCAAGGGCACGGAAGGUCAAGCGGUGACUCGGCAACGAUGGACUGUCACGCGAUAGAGGGGACACAAUGGCGCCGGAGGGGCGCGGCGGGUGCAGCGGGCGGGAAGAAAGAGGCGCGAGAUGUGAAUGGUACGGCGCGGGAGGCCGGACCGCGCGACAACCGCCAACGCCAGCGCGCACGAAGCCCGGCGACGUCGAUGCUCGCGCAUGGAGCGCAAGCGCGGGCGCAGGCUGCGCGCCAGCAAAAAUGUCGAGCGUGCGGCGGAACGCAUGCUGCGUCUACGUGUAGAUUCGCAAGUUAUGUAUGUCGCGUUUGUAACAGGACAGGGCAUCUUCGGCGGAUGUGCCCGAACGUAUUGGGCCAAUACUGGGUGGAAGCUACAGCGGCCGACAGUAUAAUAGAAAGUGAAAGUGAUCACAGCGAGGAGUUCCAGAUAUUGUAAUGUGUUUGCGGAGGGACUGGGCCGAUUCACCGGCCCGCCGGUCAGCAUACAUGUACGGGAGGGGGCGCGCCCGGUGUUUAUGCGCGCGCGCCCACUGGCGUAUGCACUGCGCGAGCCGGUGGAGCGGGCCCUGCAACAGCAUGUGCGGGAUGGCAUCCUCACCCCCGUGGAGCGCUCCGACUGGGCUACGCCGAUUGUACCAGUGGUCAAGAAGGACGGUAACAUUAGAAUUUGUGCAGAUUAUAAAUUGACGUUAAAUAAAGUUUUAGAAGUUGAUCGCUAUCCACUUCCACGAGUGGAGGACUUGUUAGUUCGCUUGCACGGGGGCAAAAGAUUUAGUAAGGUUGAUUUAUCCCAGGCUUAUGCCCAAUUUUUAUUAGAUGAUUCCAAGAAGUAUACGGUUAUUAAUACGCAUAAGGGUUUAUUCAUGUAUAAUCGUUUGGUGUACGGACUAUCGUCGAGCCCGGGAAUUUUUCAACGUCGUUUAGAAGAAUUAUUUGCUGAUUUACCACGCGUGGGGGUGUUUUUAGAUGACGUAAUCAUAACAGGUUCAUCAAAAAGUGAUCAUUUACAGAACUUACACAAAGUCUUUCAACGUUUGGAUAAAUAUGGGUUAAAAGUAAAAAAAGAAAAGUGUGAAUUUUUCAUGAAAUCCAUUAGUUAUUUAGGAUAUGUGAUUAGUGAGGAUGGAGUCCAUACUUGUCCCAAUAAAGUAAAAGCUAUUUUAGAUACACCUGCGCCCGUGAAUGUAGUAGAAUUACGAUCGUUUAUAGGCAUGAUUAUGUACUACUCGAAGUUCAUUAAAAAUUUAAGUACAAUGCUCGCUCCGUUAUACAAGCUAUUAAAGGUGGGAUCGAAAUAUGAUUGGAGUAGCCAAUGUCACAGUGCAUUCCAAGAAGUAAAGAAGGUGCUGGCGAGCAGUGAAGUCUUGAUGCACUACUCGGCCGAGUUACCGUUAGUGUUGACGGCAGACGCUAGCGGUGUGGGGGUGGGCGCCGUGCUGUCGCAAGUGACGGCGGCCGGCGAGCGGCCCGUCGCAUACGCCUCGCGCUCGCUUACAUCGGCUGAACGUAAUUAUUCUCAAAUUGAUAGGGAGGCGUUAGCUAUUAUUUACGGAAUACGCAAAUAUCACCAGUACUUGUACGGAAGGAAGUUUAUACUGAGAACGGAUCAUAAACCCCUAACAUAUAUAUUUGGUGACAAAGUUGGUAUACCAGUUAUGUCAGCCUCUAGAUUGCAACGUUGGGCCGUUCUGUUAUCGGGGUACAAUUAUGAUAUUGAAUACGUGUCGUCCAAAAAGAAUUGCGCCGACGCAUUAUCGCGCUUGCCGUCUAAAGUUACUAACGAUAGCGCAGUUAAAGAAGUAACGUAUGUCAAUUUUGUUGAGAACUUUUUACCGAUAACAAACUAUGACGUCAGCAAGGCCACCUUUAAGGAUGUAACAUUAAGUAAAAUUAAGGUUUAUAUAGAAUCUGGCUGGCCACAUUUUUGUAACGAUGAUGAUCUCAAACCAUUUUUCAUCAGGCGAAAUGAAUUAUAUAUUGAAGGCGGCUGUAUUAUGUGGGGCUAUCGCAUGAUUAUACCUCAGUCUUUGAGACAAAUAAUAUUGAAACAGUUGCACAGUAGUCAUAUGGGUAUAGUUAAGACGAAGAGCUGGGCCAGGAGUUAUGUAUGGUGGCCGCGCAUUGAUGACGAUGUGGAGACUAUGUGUCGUAGCUGUGAGACGUGUGCGCUGGAGGCGGAUGCGCCGCCUCACUCCGUACCUCAACAUUGGCCUUAUUUACCUCAACCGUGGACACGGUUACACAUAGAUUUUCUAGGGCCUUUAAAGGGUAAAACCUUUCUAAUAUUAGUGGAUUCGACAUCUAAAUGGCUUGAAGCUUUUGAAACAAAACACACCAAUGCGUCAGCUAUUAUAAAAAUCCUUCGAACAACUUUUGCACGAUUCGGUCUUCCUGCGGAACUAGUUUCGGAUCAAGGUCCGCCGUUCACCAGUAGAGAAUUUUCUGAGUUUCUAAAACUUAAUGGAAUUAAGCAAUCUUUUUCGCCAGUUUACCAUCCAUCUUCUAAUGGUGCUGCGGAAAACGCCGUCAAGUUAUGUAAGCGUGCUAUUAAAAAAGCGCAUAGGGAUAAAGUCGAUAUAGACGCCGCAUUACAAACUUUUCUUCUUACUUACAGGAAUACUAUCCAUAGCACUACAGGGGAGACCCCUGCAAUGAUAUUACAAAAACGUAGAUUACGUUCACGUUUUGAUUUAUUAAGAAACGAUCGAGCUGUAAUAGAUAGAAUACGCGUUGCACAGGAUAGGCAGGCUCAAAACGCGGGUGGCGUAAGACGCCUCUUUGAACAAGGAGAUAUGGUUUGGGCAAGGGGCUAUGGUCAGCAAGAUAAGUGGGUUAAAGGUCAGGUCCAUGGCAGGGAAGGUUCUCGAAGGUAUAUCGUGGAGGGGGAUGGCGGUCAAUUUAUAAAGCGGCAUGUGGAUCAAAUACGUCAUAGGUCACGUUUUUCUGAUGUUACUUGUCCUGAUAUUGGGCCUGGUGACUCGGCUGCGAGUGUGGGUGAAAAUGCCAUGUCAUCGCUGGGGGAUGAGGUGGUGGAUGAGAGUAGAGAUGACUUUAGCCAACAACAUAAAGAACCGGUUGACUUUCCACUUCAGGCUAAAGAUAAUGGCAUCGAACCUUUAGUGCGCGACGAUAGCGCCAAUAACAAGUCUCCUACUCUCUGUUCACCACUUCCAAGAGCGUCUGAAUUACGGCCAAAACGAGAGCGCAAACCAGUAGUCAGAUAUGGUUUCGAAUUUGAUUAGGUUUGAACUCUAGAUUUUUUUAUUGUUAUUUAUUUCAUUAUUUUUGUUAUUUUACUUAAUUAAGCUUAAAUUUAAUGGUGGAGGUGUAAUGUAGGGUAUAUCUAGAUAAUGUUGUGUGCGUGAUUUGUAUUGUGAGUGAAGCCAGUUUGAAUAUACGCAGUGUGCCGCUAA